UUAUCGAAACGAAAUUCUCAUUUCUAAAAGUUUAUUCGAUUCAUUCGUGUAAAAUUAUCAUCGAAAACCAAAACAAAACAAUGUUUAGUCGUCGUGAUUAUCAAGUUGGUGAAAUAAUAUCUGUCAGUUUACCAUUUGUACAUGUUCUCAAUAAAGAAUUUAAAGGUAAAAAUUGUGAUUACUGUUUCGUUGAAUGCAAAAACGAUGAUUUGGAAAAAUGUAGCGAUUGUGAAAAAAUGUAUUAUUGUGGCAAAGAUUGUCAACAAAAAGAUUGGAUUCAGCAUAAAUUGGAAUGUAAAUUCUAUAAAGAAAAUUUCAAUCAAAUGGAUGAUAUAUAUUUUCGAUUUGUAUUGCGAUUGUAUCUGUACUUGAAAGAUAAUCCUGAACGUCUUCACGAACGGUUUAAAUUAUUAAGCGAUGAAAAUUCAUCCGUAUCUUUUAGGUGUAUCUAUUUGCAGCAAUUCCUAUUCAAAGAUGAAACAGCUAUUUCUUUUGAAUCAUUUUACAAACAAUUUCAAUUGCUGAAAAAAGAAUGGGAUCAGGGAAAACUAGCAUCAGAUUAUGCUAUAUGCAAUGAAUAUGGUUUGCAUAUUUUCAAUUAUAAAAUGCAACGUUUAGGUAUUGGCCUUUAUAUUGCCGAAUCACAAUUGAAACAUUACUGUUUAUCAAACACUAAAAUAUUGUACAAUGGUACUCAACUUGUAAUGCGUGCAACUAAACCGAUCAAAACUGGUGAACAAAUUACCGUCAAAAAUAGAGCAUAUCCACCGAUAACAAUACCGGAAGAUUCGAAUAAAAUAUCUAUAAUGAAUUUUAAUUUCUCACAUAUGUGUAUAUGUCUAAGUUGUGCAUCGCAAAAUGAUAUUCAUUUAAUGUUGAUAUUUCUGGGAUUAUGCCGUGAAAUGCCUUUUGCAUAUCAUUCUUACGAAUGGCGCGAAAUGUAUAUAAUUCACAAAAAAAUAACAUCAAUUUUGAACGAGGUCUAUAGUGAAUGUGAUUUGCCACAAAUUUUACAAAAAAUUAUUAUGUUGGAAACUUAUGUAAUGCUUCAUGAUGAUGAUGAAAAAUCAUCCGUUGCAGAACUGGCAAAACGACUUGAAAUCGAACUUCCGUCUGUCUACAAUGAAAUAUUUGCAAAUACCUAUUUUAAUCGUGAAGAAGAACCAUAUGUUACCAUUGUGAAAGCAUUGGCAAAUGUUGAAUUUAAUGUUAAAAAUUGAAAAAUUUACUCUCAUCAUAUCUAUG